UCUCACUGUGUCGCCCAGGCUGGAGUGCAGUGGUGUGAUCUUGGCUUACUGCAACCUCCAUUUCCCAGACUCAAGCAAUUCUCCUGCCUCAGUCUCCAGAGUAGCUGGGAUUAUAGGCGUGAGCUACCACGCCCUGCCAAUUUUUCUUUAUUUUUGUGUUUUAUGUCUUAUCGACUUAUUUUUUAUUAUUUCCAUCCUUCUGCUCAACUUGGGUUUAUCUUCUCUUCUAGUUACUUGUUAGAAGCUUGGAUUACUUAUUUUAGACCUUUUAUUUUCUCAAAUAGAAGCCCUUAAUGCUAUCAGUUUCCAUCAAAGUACUGGUUAGCUGCAUCCCACAAAGUCUGAUAUGUUUGCAUUUUCAUUUUUGUUUAGUUCAAAAUAUUUUUAAAUUUCUUUGUGACUGCCUCUUUGAUCCAUGCCUGAAGUGGGUUGCUUUCCAAAUAUUUGGCAAAUUUCUAGAUAUCUUUAUAGUUUAAUUCCAUUAUGUCCAAUAACAUAUUUUGUAUGAUUUCUGUUUUUAAAAAAAUUGUUAAAGAUAGUUUUAAGUCCCAGAAUAUGGUCUAUCUUGGUGAAUGUUACAUGUGCAAAAACCAGAUACUCUUCUGUUGUUGGAUGGAGUGUUUUAUAAAUUUCCAUUAAUUCAAGUCUGUUGUCGUUUGGAUAUUCUGUAUCCUUACUGAUUUUAUUUACUUGCUCUAUUGAUUACUGAGAUAGGAAUGUUAAUGUCUCCCAUGAAUUAUCCUUCUUGAUUUUAUUAGUUUUUGCUUCAUGUGUUUUGAAGCUCCGUUGCUAGGUACAUUUACCUUCAGGAUUGUCAGAUCUUCUUGGAAAAUUGACCUCUUUAUUAUUAAAGAAUAUACCUUUUUGUCUCUGGUGAUAUUCCUUGUUCUGAAGUUUCCUUGUCUGGGACUCAUACAGCUGCUUCAUUUGAUUAAUGUUUGCAUGGUGUAUCUUUUUCUAUCCAUUUACUUUAUCUACCUAAGUCUUUAGAGUCAAAGUGGAUCCAUGACACAUUUCUGACAUUUUUAUGGCACUUUCCACACAAGGUGGAUAUUCUGUGAGUCUGCCUCCUGUUCCAGGCUGCACUCACUUCAGGUCAGGUGAGGGCUCCUUAACUUCCUCCCCAAGGCUUUUGGCCCAGAGCCUGGCACGAGAUGGUUACUGCAUACAGGUCUGCAGGACGUUUGUGAGGGCUCAGCUGCACCCAUUGCAAGGAAAAUCAAGAUUCUGUGACAAGAGGGGUGAAGCCCUCUCUGAGGCCGAGGACGAUGAUCCCGCCGGGGGAGUGCACGUACGCGGGCCGGAAGCGGAGGAGGCCCCUGCAGAAACAGUAAAGAGGCCCGCCGUGGGGGCAGAGAAGUCCAACCCCUCCAAGCGGCACCGGGACCGCCUCAACGCCGAGUUGGACCACCUGGCCAGCCUGCUGCCGUUCCCGCCUGACAUCAUCUCCAAGCUUGACAAGCUUUCUGUCCUGCGCCUCAGUGUCAGUUACCUCCGGGUGAAGAGCUUCUUCCAAGUCGUGCAGGAGCAGAGCUCACGGCAGCCGGCGGCCAGCGCCCCCUCGCCCGGAGACAGCCGUCCUCUUGCAGGGUCUGCCGUGCUGGAGGGAAGGCUGCUGUUGGAGUCUCUUAAUGGCUUUGCUCUGGUCGUGAGUGCAGAAGGGACGAUAUUUUAUGCGUCAGCAACGAUCGUGGACUAUCUGGGCUUCCAUCAGACGGAUGUAAUGCACCAGAACAUUUACGACUACAUCCAUGUGGACGACCGCCAGGACUUCUGCCGGCAGCUCCACUGGGCCAUGGACCCUCCCCAGGUGGUGUUUGGGCAGCCCCCGCCCUUGGAGACAGGAGAUGACGCUAUCCUGGGGAGGCUGCUCAGGGCCCAGGAGUGGGGUGCAGGCGCGCCCACCGAGUACUCGGCCUUCCUGACCCGCUGCUUCAUCUGCCGUGUGCGCUGCCUGCUGGACAGCACCUCGGGCUUCCUGACGAUGCAGUUUCAAGGAAAACUAAAAUUCCUGUUUGGACAGAAGAAGAAGGCGCCGUCAGGAGCCAUGCUCCCCCCGCGGCUGUCGCUGUUCUGCAUUGCGGCGCCCGUUCUCCUCCCCUCCGCAGCGGAGAUGAAAAUGAGGAGCGCGCUUCUGAGGGCAAAACCCAGGGCAGACACCGCGGCCACCACGGAUGCAAAAGUGAAAGCCACCACCAGUCUGUGUGAAUCGGAACUGCAUGGAAAACUCAAUUACUCAGCAGGAAGGAGCAGCAGAGAGAGCGGCAUUUUGGUGCUCAGGGAGCAGACUGACGCUGGCCGAUGGGCACAGGUUCCCGCCAGGGCCCCAUGCCUGUGCCUCCGGGGCGGCCCCGACCUUGUGCUCGACCCCAAGGGGGGCUCAGGGGACAGGGAGGAGGAGCAGCAGAGGAUGCUGAGCAGGGCCUCUGGAGUGACAGGGCGGAGGGAGACUGCAGGACCCACAAAGCCCCUGCCCUGGACAGCGGGAAAGCACAGUGAGGAUGGUGCCAGGCCGAGGCUGCAGCCCAGCAAGAAUGACCCACCCUCCCUGCGCCCCACGCCCCGCAGCUCCUGCCUGCCCUACCCAUGUGUCCAGGGCACUUUCAGGAACUCGCCCAUCUCUCACCCGCUGAGCCCGUCCCCCAGUGCCUACUCCAGCCGGACAAGCAGACCCAUUCGGGAUGUCCUUGAGGACCAGGUACACCCUCCCCUCUGCCACUUUCCCCAGGGGAGCCUGCAGCACCGGCUCCCUCAGCCUGGAGCUCAGCGUUUUGCCACGAGGGGCUAUCCCAUGGAGGACGUGAAGCUGCAAGGUAUACCGAUGCCUCCGGGGGACCUGUGCGGUCCGACGCUGCUGCUAGAUGUGUCCAUCAAGAUGGAGAAGGACUCUGGGUCUGAGGAUGCUGCAGACGGCUGUGUGCCCAGCCAGGUGUGGCUGGGGGCCAGUGACAGGAGCCAUCCAGCUACCUUCCCUACCAGGAUGCACCUGAAAACAGAACCAGACUCUCGGCAACAGGUGUACAUUUCACACCAGGGGCACAGCGUGCGGGGGGCUCAGCCCCAUGGGAGGGCCACUGCUGGGCACAGCAACGAGCUGACCCCUUUCCACCCUGCACACUGUGCCUGCCUGGAGCCCACGCACGGCCUUCCCCAGCCAGAGCCUCCCCACCAGCUCUGUGCACGGGGCCGAGGUGAACAGUCCUGCGCCUGCAGAGCUGCUGAGGCUGUCCCUGUGGUCAAGCGGGAGCCCUUGGACUCACCCCAGUGGGCUACUCACAGCCAGGGAGCGGUGCCCGGGAUGUUUCCCAAAAGUGCCUUGGCCUCGCUGGUCCCGCCCCAAGCUUCGGAGUGCACAUUCCUGCCGUAGCGCAGUGACCACCGUCCAAGCUCAGAUCCGUCCGUCUAUGCUCAGAUCCGUCCGUCUAUGCUCAGAUGCGUCGGUGGCUGGGCUGCCCUGCACCUGGUCAGGCCGGAGCCCGUCCUAAGACACACGCUUUGCAGAGCUGUGCAUGUGCAGUCUGCUAGUCUGUGUGUGCAGCAUACGCAGUAGCCUAUCCUGAAUUUUGUAAAAUAUCCCAACAGUUCUUAAAUGAAAACUGGCCUUAAGUCUAUUGAAGCAUGACAGCACUUCUCUUUGAGGAAUUAAAAUCUUUUGGAAAGUGAUCAUGGCUGGACAGCGUCAUGCCCCGGAGGCAGUGAGUGCCCGUCCCACAGCCGCCAAGUCCGCAGUCGGGGAUGAAGCAGUCGGGUGAUGCUCCCAAGUCCGCGGUCUGGGAUGAAGCGGUCGGGUGACGCACCUAGCUCAGCCCUCCCAGGCCACCUGCAGCUCCCGGCCUGUGCUGUGCAGGAAGGGUCAGCCCAUCGCCACAGUGCGUUGUAGAGGCCAGCACAUGGCAAAUUAGAAAUACAACUCGCGGAGAAAGGGGUCUGUGAGCCCACUCAUAGAGGAAUCUAGAAAGUUCCAGGCAGCAGAGGCUGGCAGCAUGGGUCCCACACUGUGCGGCAGGUGCUCCGUGGCGCCAUGACAGAGUCUGAGGCCAGACCUGGACUGGAAAUUGACACCAUAACCCCCGUUCCUUCUGGACAUCUUCCGAGUUCUCAGUGGGUCUCUGUGGAUGGUUCUUACUAAUCUGCCUCUUGGUACAUCACGUAAUACAGAGUUCACAGACUCUGGGUUUGGAAGUACAGAGAAACACAACGUAGAGAGAAGACACAGGAAACUGCACUGCCUCUGGGGGUUUCUCUCUGUCUGUCUGUCUGUAUGGUUCACUCAAAUGAGGGUUCCCAUUGCCAUCCUAGGAGAAUAAUUAGGGACAAGACGGACAUGUAUUAAUAGCAUUAAAACAGUUGUAAAGGUGAUACGUUCUGAGAGUGGGAAAUUUGGAUACAAAAGCAUAAGUCAGAAAGUGAAGGUCACCAAUCCACCGACCCGAGAUAACUUACAGCUGAUGGUGCAGUUCAGGCUUCUUCCACGGUGUGGCCUGGAACCCCACCCGGAUGGUGCAGGCAUCAGAUCAGGGUGUAGAAGUCACCCCAAGCAAGAGGAAGCCAGGCAGUGAGGCCCUGGGGUGUGGCUGCAGCUGGGCCCACCUGUGCGGGGGCGGGAAGGCCCCUCAGGGACAGGGCGUCGGCGCCCUGACGUCAGCUCCACUGGGAGUGGCAGGAGCCGUGGGAGCCCAUGGGCGAGGGACCCACCACCCCAUCGCACUGUGCAUUCUGCCUCCCGUGUGGACACCCUCUCUGUUGUCAGUGGCUUUGAGGUGUCAUUGCUUACUUAGACCCUGGUUUAAUGCUGGAGCCAUUUGUUAAAUGCACCUUUACUUUGUCAAAACCCAGGUUUGGUUGGCAGGACUGGGUCUUCUGCCCAAUGCCAGGUGCCUGCACCUCUCAGUGGCCUGGUUCUUGGACAGUUUGCCCCCACGUGGCAGGGAUAGGGACAAGGAUCUCCUCUCAGAACUGGAAGAGAACAGCCAACCAUCUGAGCCCAGAGUCACGAUCCGUCGUGGCCUCCUACGACCCCCCAAGCCCUGCCAAGGGGGCGCUCACUCUCUGCUUAGCCUGGGGGCGCCUUUCAAAAGGUGACCUCUGUGCUGUGCUGUCGUGGGUGUGAGAUGUGCUCAUGGUCUUCCACUGCCAUCUCCCCCUUAUCUGAUGCCUAAACUCAUGAUGGGGACAGAGGUACACCAGCCAUGGGGUGACCAGCCACCUAAGGGUCAGUCACCUGUGGAGAGCAGGCACCUGUGAAGACCAGGACCUGAGGACUGGCCCCUGCUUCCCACUUUGGCCCUAUGCUGGCACAGAGCCCCUCUUUAUUCAUUUCUCAUGCUGAGCAUGGCACACUUCUGGCCUCUGGGCAUUUAUGGAUUUAAGACCAGGAUGGCAUUUCAGAAGCUUCCCACUUCCUUCCUAUUCUAACUGAGUGCCCGGCUCCUUUGCUGAUCAUGGAAAGUCCCUUAAUAAUUAGACCUGCAGGCCAGGUGCAGUGGCUUAUGCCUAUAAUCCCAGCACUUUGGGAGGUCAAGGUAGGAGGAUCGCUUAAGCCCAGGAGUUCAAGACCAGCCUGGGCAACAUAGGAAGAACGUGUCUCUACAAAAAAUAAUUAAAAAUCAGAUCUGCUGUAUCCCUGAAAAAGUCUUGAUCAACAUGCAUGUUCCACUCUUGGAGUUCCCUGUCCUGAGGGCCAGCCACGUCCUGUGUCCUGGAGCUCAGCCCUCAGCAGCUCCCUUCAGCCUGGGCGCUGCCUGGGUCCCAAGCGUGGCAGCUGCUCUUCCAGUCUCGGGGCCGAGCAGGGCAGGGAGCUCAGUGACCGAGAGUCUUGUGUAUCACAGGUCUCGAGUGUCCUGGAGCCAACGGCUGUCACUGGGAAAAACACCAGACCCCAAAGAUCGAAUCAGAGACGUGGCUGCGUGUUUGCGAUUGUAGCCAGGCCCUUCAGUGCCAUCAAAGGAGCACUGGGGCCUCCUUAAGCACAGACGGCAGCCCCUGCCCAGGAGGCUUCUUCACCACGUCCUGCCCUGCAGCCUCCCAGACCUUUAGAUGCGCCCCCGCCCAAGGCCCUCCUGGUGACAGGUACCAGCCCCCGCCCAAGGCCCUCCUGGUGACAGGUGCCAGAUCGAGUGGUGGGUUGCUGCCAGGCAGGCCAUGCUGUGUUGACGCUGCACUCGGCACAUGGGUGUCGGCUCUGCCGGUUUUGUGGUGUGGGGACCCCACAUGAGGCUGCGGCCCUGAGAGCCUGGCGUCAGCGAGGUGUCUGACAUCCCUUCCUCAAUGGCAACAAAAACUCCCCAAGUCAGCACUUUUGUUAUUUUAUAGCCACAACCCUCUUGGAAAACAGUGGGGAAGACUAUGGAACAUAGAAGGUGUGGAUGUACCACUUCUCUCUAAAAUGUCAUUGUUAGCACUAAUUACAGGUUCAUGUUUUUCUGUUUAUGUAGCUUUUCCCUAUAUAGCUGAAAAAGUAUUAAAGUCAAAUAUAAGGUGGGAAUGGGAUGGAAGGGAGGAGAUCAAUACAACUUAUAUUUUUGUAGUUUCUACUGGAAGAAAAAAGUUUUCAAUACCUAGACCAACUUGUUGAAUUUUUAAAACUUAUGCACUAUAAAUGCAACUUUCUCUACUGCUUUCUCAGUGCCUUUAGGAAGCUUUCAAAUUUUUUUGUACUGUGGUUUGUAUUAAAUUUGCAAUACUGAUAUAAAAUACAUGACAUGCUAGUACAUGUUUAACAAAAA